CUUGCAGUUAGAACUGUGUGCCACACCUCCCAGGUCCUUAGCCAUGCCCCCUAAAUAAUGUGCACACAGUCACGUCCUUCUCCUUAUUUUCAUGAGGUGAAUGCUGAGGAUUAUAGUGGCACAAUCAUGCCAGUAAAGUUCAGGUGAGUAUUUCCAACAUUCUGUCAUUAUAAGCCUUGAACAUUCUGUUGCUUAUAAAGUGAAAGGUAUCCACCUAAUCUCUCUGAAAUCAUGAACACAUCAACUAGGGGAUGAGAGGCACGACUUCUCUGAAUUUGGCGCAAACCUGUUGCAAAAUGGAUGAGAUACCUCACUUUACAUUUUUAACUCCUAAAACGUGCUGGCUAUGUUUUUCACCACAUAGAAUGUAUAUUUUUAAAAUGUUUGAUGUCUUUUUAGUAUUACCCCAAACUUCAGGUACAUACUGGACUGGUGCCUUUUGCUGAAAGUAACUAAGGGGGUUAGCUGAAAGCAUAACUGAGUCUGCCCAGUGAGAAUUCUGAAGCCAAAGUUGGGAGGAGCAAGGCCUGGCAAUUUCUAGUGUUCUGCCACUGCAGCCGCUAAGUGAAAACAGAAAUGUGCCCAAUGAGACCAUUUUUACAGUAAAUCUGCAGUUUCCAAGAUGGGCGACGUCGUAAUCAAUACCGUAGUAUCAACUGGUGCAGUAUUAAAAAUUAAGAAAUGCCUGGCUGAGGUCAGCUUCUUUCAACUUUGUGCCUUUUUCCUGAGCCUUAGUGGAUGGCUUAUGUGUAUGACAUCCGCAAUCCUUGUCCAGUGGAGAGUGUGGCACGUUAGUAACCACUAUGGUGGAACCAGCAUUGCUUGGAUUGGGAUUUGGGAGACCUGCCGUGUUGAUGAAGCUCCGUCUAUUGUUGAUGAGCAAAAUCUCAUGAACUGUACAGAACUCAGCAACCUACACACCUUCCUCCCCAGUGAGAUUAUAGCUGCCCAGAAUCUCAUGGUACUCGCUACCAUUGCGGGGGCAGUGCAAACAGGCUUUCUCUCUGUGGCCUUCUUAAAUAUAUAUAAGAAGCAAAAACAGAGAAAACAUGUUUCCAACCUUUUUUUGAUUGCAGGCCUUAUCAAUUUGUCAUCGGGAAUAGGUGUCUUCAUUCCAAUUGUUUGGAAUAUGGUUUCUGUCUUGUCAGAAGCACCAAUUUUCUUCCCUGAAGAUUUCCAUUUACCACAUCAACCAGAAUACCAAUAUGUUGGAGCUGCGCUUCCGAUUGGGCUGAUUUCUGCUGUUUUCCAGAUCUUGAGCGGAUGUUUUAUUCUGUGCAAUAACCAUUUGGCAGUCAAGAAAAUGUCAGCACUGGCAACAGAGGCAUCUGCAAGGGCAAGUGAAACCACUCUUUGUCAAAAGUGUUCAUUGUCCUUAGUGCCUAAAACCCCAAAGCCAGAGGAAUCUGCUUCUGUGACCAUCGAGAGCCCAUUGGACGUGCAACACAUUGAAAACCCAUCUGUGAUUCUCCAGAUGGAUAACUUCUCUGAAGACGUGACCAAUCCCAGGGAGCCUGUUCCAUCACUGCCCGAAAGUCAUAUUGUAUUGGUGACUCCAUACACUGAACCAACAGUUGGUGAUGAAUCUAAAUAAUCAGAUUCUAAACACACCAGGACAUGAGCUGUAUACAUUUGAAAGUUAUAGAAACCUUUGAAAGGGAUAGUGGGUCUGUUUAUGUUGCAGGAAUAUUUGUUUGUUUGUUUGUUUGUUUGUUUGUUUAUUGCUGUAGGGGUUGUUUUUAUACUUUGGGGAUAACUUUUGUGCUGUUAACAAUAAUGGCUGUUUUCAUGGUAUAGGCUACUAUUAUCUUUGAUAGUUUUAUGUUUCUCACCUUUUAUUAAAAAUAUCCAGCUAUUUUAAUCACA